GCUCGAGCGGGACCUCGUGCCAAUUCGUCUUGAGAUCUCUCCUUCUCGGUCGUUCCACGGUGCUAUUGCUACAUCGAAGACUGACGCUUCGAUAACGUGUUCUUCUUAAACGUUCAGUGGUUGUUGGUUUUCUUGUUUUGUUGAAGAUUGUUUAAUAUUCUUCGGCUGAUCUUCGACACGUCGAGUCGCGGAAGGCGUCAGGUCACUGUGUAUGGUUUACACAUGAUAUGACCCAGUCCCGCGAAGUUUUAGCAAUGAUGGACGCUCACACGACAACCUUCGGCCGGAAACGGGGAUGCACGGUGUCACCUUGCGGUGGUUUCCUGUUGGGUGCUGCAUUCCUCUUAUCCCUGGUAGUGACGGGGCUGUUGGUCUAUCAUUUCGCCCCGUGCCUCGAGGAAAAGCUCGUUAAAUCGUGCAAUGAUCCCAGGAAAUCAGUAUUCGAGCCGCGCGGCAUGUUCCCCACGGGCUCAAACCAGGAGAAACUGGACGUCAGAUUACCCAGAUCGGUGGUACCGGACAGUUACGAGCUGAGGUUGAUACCAUUUAUAUGGGAGGGAAACUUCACUUACCAUGGCGAGGUGAAGAUUCUUGUGAACGUGACCGAAGACACGAGAAAUGUUACUUUACACGCGACCAGCAUGGAUAUCGAUGAAACUUUCACGAAUAUCAAAGAGUAUUCAGCUACAAACAACAACACCAAAGCAAUUGGGAUCAUUGAGCAAAGGAACGACACUCAACGGGAGUUCUUUGUGAUUAAGACCGCAGACACGUUGAAAGGGGGCAAGCAGUACCUGGUGCAUCUCAAGUUUGUUGGCCAUUUGAACGACUACAUGGAAGGCUUUUACAGAAGCUCCUACACUGUUGGCAGUCAGACCAGAUGGAUCGCCACGACUCAAUUCCAAGCGACAGACGCGAGACGUGCCUUUCCUUGCUUCGACGAGCCGGCAUUGAAGGCUCGUUUCCAGAUCAGCAUCGCCAGACCCAGGAACAUGACGUCUAUCUCGAAUAUGCCUAGAAAAGGGGAGCCUAUGCCUGUUCCAGGGUUACCAUCCUACUUGUGGGACCAUUACGAACGUUCGGUACCAAUGUCUACCUAUUUGGUAGCCUUCAUAGUUUCCGAUUUCGAAAUGAUGAAAUCGGAAUCAGGAAACUUUAGAGUCUGGGCACGAGCCGAGGCGAUCAACCAGGCACGUUACUGCUUGAAGAUUGGCCCGAGCAUUCUUCAGCAUUACGAGGAUUACUUCAAAAUUAAAUUUCCACUACCAAAGACUGACAACGUCGCGUUGCCUGACUUCGCUGCGGGCGCCAUGGAGAACUGGGGUUUAAUUACUUACAGGGAGACCGCCAUGUUGUACCAAGAAGAGGUCUCGACCAGCAGCAACCAGCACCGAGUGGCCACUGUAGUUGCUCACGAACUUGCUCACCAAUGGUUUGGAAACUUGGUAACGCCAAGUUGGUGGACGGAUCUUUGGUUGAAUGAAGGCUUUGCCACUUACGUGUCAUACGUUGGUAUGAACGCGGUAGAACCAACGUGGAGGGUUUUGGAGCAGUUUGUAGUUCAUGAAAUCCAAAGUGUUUUCGGAUUAGACUCUUUGGAAUCUUCACAUCCUAUAUCGAUCGAAGUUGGCCAUCCGGAUGAGAUUAGCGAGAUCUUCGACAAGAUUUCAUAUAAAAAAGGUGCUAGCAUACUCAGAAUGAUGGAUCAUUUCCUGACUACGAAAGUUUUCAAACAAGGUUUAACGAAUUAUUUGAAUGGAAAGGCAUAUCAAAGCGCUAACCAGAACGACUUAUGGGACGCUCUAACGAAACAAGCGCACGCGGACAACGUUUUAGCUCAAGGUAUAACAAUAAAGCAAAUUAUGGAUACAUGGACUCUUCAGACUGGAUUCCCUGUGGUCACAGUUACACGAAAUUAUAAAAAUGGUUCUGUAACACUAACGCAGGAACGUUUUCUGAUGCGUAACGGCACUAUGAGAACCACCUCUGAGGUUGAGCCACUGUGGUGGGUACCAAUCACCUACACAACCGAGAAAGAGCUAGAUUUUAACAGAACCCAACCCUCUGAGUGGAUGAAAGCCCAGAAAACGAUUACUUUGCCGAAUGUGAAGCUGAAUCCGAAAGAGUGGGUGAUCUUCAAUAUUCAAGAAACCGGAUACUACAGAGUCAACUAUGACAGAACGAAUUGGCAGAUGAUAAUUAAUCAAUUGAACAAGGACUCGUUUAGAGAUAUAUCAACGAACAAUCGAGCUCAACUGAUCGAUGAUGCCUUGAAUUUAGCUAAGGCCGACCAGCUGCAUUAUAGUACUGCGUUGGACGUCACAUCUUACUUGGCUCAUGAGACUGAAUACCUGCCUUGGAAGGCUGCUUUCACUGCCAUGCAGUUCCUAGAUACCAUGCUAAUCAGGACGCCUAGUUACGACAAGUUUCGAGUAUACAUCUUGCAACUUCUUGACAACGCGUACAAGCAAGUUGGUUUCAAAGACAACCCCGGAGAUCCUCAAUUGACAGUGUUCACUCGUGUCGACGUAUUGCUUUGGGCGUGUAAUUUUGGUCACGAGGACUGCGUACAAAAUGCUGUGAAACAGUUUCAUAAUUGGCGCAACACGCCCGACCCAAAUAAAAAUAAUCAAAUUUCACCGAACUUGAAGUCUGUUGUUUACUGCACUGCCAUUCGGGUUGGCGGACAAACCGAGUGGGACUUUGCCUGGCAGAGGUACCUGGACACGAACGUUGGUUCAGAAAAGGAUCUGCUGUUAAGUGCGCUGGGCUGCACCAAAGAAACAUGGCUACUUAGUCGAUACUUGGAGUGGACGAUCACUGAGAAUUCGGGAAUUAGAAAGCAGGAUGUUGCUCGUGUACUUAGCUCGGUUUCCAACCACCCCAUUGGGCAGACUUUGGCGUUCAACUUCCUCAGGAAUAACUGGGCACGGCUCAGGGAAUAUCUUGGAUCAUCCCUAUUGACUAUCAACAAUGUAGUAAAAGCCACUACCACGGGCAUAAACACUAAAUAUGAACUGAAAGAUCUAUUGGACUUCACAAAUGAACACAGAGAAGAACUUGGCUCCGCAACCAGAACAAUCCAACAAGUGAUUGAACAGUCUGCAGCUAAUAUUCAGUGGUUGGAACGUAACCUUGUUACAAUCCACGACUGGUUAAAACGAAACACCGCGUAAUAAUCUCAAAAGAAUGAAAAAGUGGAUAUACACACAAUAGACAAGUUCAUAACGUUCGACGGAGAGUGGCUAGAACGUUCGAAAACGAUAGUUUUAACGGUGUUGGAGUCGUUCGGUCGUGGAAGAUAGUUGAAUUGGAAUUUUUAUGGAAAAUUAUUAGGCCAGUCCAUAAAUUCGUGCGUAUUUUUAUUACAUAAAUACGAAACACAAGAAUUUACGUUUUUUUUAUUAAAUAACAAAGAACUUAAAACUCCUACUUUUCAUGGGUCUCUGUACUUUUUUUCGAAUAUCUACAAUCGAUGUUAUAAAAUCUUAUGCACGAAUUUAUGAAUUCGUUUAAGUGCAAUGCUUUCCGUGUGGGAGGCGAGAUGGUUUAAAAGUUUACAAAAGUAUUAAAUGUUUUUGUAUGUUUUUGUAUAUACGCGCUGAAAAUUAAUAUACAGGAUGUACCGUAAUAAGCGGAAUCUAUUUUCAAUGGUUCAAGAUAAUAAUAUGAGUUCCUAUAAACAUACACCCGAUUUUCUAUAAAUAAUUCUAAGUCUAA